AAAAUAAUUAUUGAAUACAUAAAGAUUUUUUAGCCGUAUUAAGAAAAAUAUUUUAUCGAUGGAAUAAUUGUAUUUACCAAUUUUUGUUAUAUACAUUAUUGCUAUAUAUAGUUAUAUAUCAAAUAAAAAAUGAGUGGGGAAGAAAAAGUUGUUACGGAAGUUCCCAGUAGUUUGAAACAAUUAGCACGUCUUGUUGUACGUGGCUUUUAUACUAUAGAAGAUGCUUUAAUUGUGGAUAUGUUAGUAAGAAAUCCGUGUAUGAAAGAGGAUGACAUUUGUGAACUGUUAAAAUUUGAACGUAAAAUGUUAAGGGCAAGAAUAUCUACUCUACGUAAUGACAAAUUUAUACAAGUUAGAUUAAGAAUGGAAACUGGAUUUGAUGGAAAAGCACAGAAAGUCAAUUACUAUUUUAUUAAUUAUAAGACUUUUGUAAAUGUGGUAAAAUAUAAGUUGGAUCUAAUGAGAAAAAGAAUGGAAACCGAAGAGCGAGAUGCAACUAGUAGAGCCAGUUUCAAAUGUACAAAUUGUUUAAAAACGUUUACAGAUCUUGAAGCAGAUCAAUUGUUUGAUAUGUCAACUGGUGAAUUCAGAUGUACAUUUUGUCGAGAAAUAGUUGAAGAGGAUCAGUCUGCUCUUCCUAAAAAAGAUUCUAGAUUGCUAUUAGCAAAAUUUAAUGAACAAUUAGAACCUUUGUAUAUUUUAUUGAGGGCAGUGGAAGGUAUUAAAUUGGCACCUGAAAUAUUAGAACCCGAGCCAGUGGAUAUUAAUACUAUUCGAGGUAUCGACACAAGAAAACCAAGCAAUCUUAGGGCACCUAAUGAACAAUGGUCUGGCGAAGCAACAAGAACAUCUGGUUUUAUGGUGGAGGAUACAAGAGUCGAUGUUACCAUUGGAGAUGAAUCUUCUGAAGAUAAUGCAGCAAAUCGUAGAAAAGAAAGACCUAUUUGGAUGAUGGAAAGUACUGUUAUUAAUGCUGAUGGCUCUCAGGCUGAUGGAAUAAAUACACAGGAAACUAUUUUGGAUAAAGCAGCUGCCACUGCCACAAAUACUACUACUACAAAUACUAAGCAGGGUGAAGAUAUUAUGUCAGUAUUAUUGGCGCAUGAAAAGAAAGGUGGGACCAAUUCUACAACAUCUGCUAUAAAAGCAGUAUUACCUCAAGAAUCCAGUGAUAGUAGUGAUAAUGAAGAGAUUAAUGACAUGCAAACUAUUGAUACAGGUGAAGUGGAAACUAUGGAUUCAGAAGAUGAUGAUUUAGUACCAACAGUCAGUGUGGCUGGAAAAAGUGUUGCUAUUACAGAUGUUAAUGAUACAUUAAUAGCAGAAAUGACACCUACAGAGAAAGAAGCUUAUAUUCAAGUUUAUCAGGAAUAUUAUUCUCAUAUGUAUGAUUAAAUUUAAAUUAGACAAAAUCAUUGAAUUUAUACAUAUUAAAAGACUGCUAUAUAUUUGACAUUCAAUAUGUAAUAUUUUGUACAGUCCCCAAAAAAUAAAAUGAUUCCAAGAAUUGUUACAACGAU